AUGCAUAUUUCCAAGGUUGCUAUCGCGCCUCGAACGAUUAAUUACGAUCCUUCUAUUCUCUACUUUCUGCAUUCAGGAAUUAACAAAUUCGGAGGCGCUACGUCCUCGAAAUUAAACACUCUUGUCCCUCAGAUUAUCCCCGCCCUCAUUCUAGAAAUGGGUCUCUUUAGCACUUCAUCGAGCUCUCUACCAGCCCCGAAAAUCUCUUCCGACGGCGCGCCUAUCGCUCCCGACCGAACACAACGGGCCAGGUGCUGGGAGGCGAGAGAUGCUUAUUUUAGUUGUCUAGACAAGAACGGGAUACUAGAUAGCAUAGCGGAGAAGGAUAAGGCGGAGAAGGGGUGUAAGAAAGAGAGCACGCAGUUUGAGACGAACUGUGCGUCAAGCUGGGUGACAUAUUUCAAGAAACGGAGGGUUAUGGAACACCAACGGAAUCAAACACUAGAGAAGUUGAAGGCACAAGGCGCAACCGAGGUCGACGGGGAUUUAGGACCUGGUGCGCUGGGAAAGCGACCGUGA